AUGAUCUCCACAGGCUCUCCUGGAUUUAUUGCAGAUUGUGAGCGUAGUAUUAGUUCAGCAAGAAGAUCAGAUUCAGACACAGUGGCACUUUGUUGCUCAAGUGCACCUGUUGAAGCAUGUUGUGGGCUAAUUGAUUUGUCUUCUGGAGUAGAGUUUAACUUCUUUUAUUUGCUAGGAUUUCAGACAAAUGUUUUUCAACCGCAGGAUACACAGAUGCAUUCUAGGGCAACAGCUCUCCAAAAUGUUGAAUCCACAAUUUCAGAACUUGGAAAUAUUUUUACUCAGCUAGCAACAAUGGUUGCUCAACAAGGAGAGUUGGCGAUCAGGAUAGAUGAUAAUAUGGAUGAUACACUGUCCAAUGUGGAAGGAGCACAAGGUGCUCUUUUAAAACACUCGAGUCGGAUAUCUUCGAAUAGGUGGCUUAUUGUUAAGAUAUUUUUUGUUAUUAUCAUUUUCAUAGUGAUAUUUAUUGUUUUCGUGGCCUAAUGUAAAGUGGACGAGUCAUUUUGCGUGUAGCUUGAAUUUAUUUUACUUCAAAUCAAAAGUAACAAUGUGUUUAACUAUUCUAUGUAAACUUUCCAAGGGAUAAAACUCAUUUC